ACUAACAGUGUAUGUUUACAGUGCAGUGGAUUAGCUGUAGUGCAGUGGAUUAGCUGUAGUCCUAAGUUUCUUGGCUAUAUGUAUUAAACUAAAGAAGGAGAUAUGGAUAAAACUCUUCCUUUAAUAUUUGUACUGAUAGUUAUACAGCUGUUCAACAACACAGCUCAAGCAAGAGUCAUCUCAGGCCUGGAGCAGACAGACCACGAGAGCUCGGACCUGCCCCCACCAGCUGUCAGGCUAGAGCAACCAGAGCAUCGCCUAGAGAGAGCUAAGAGGUACAGUGAAGAGGAUCGUCCCCAACCAAACCACAAUGGUGCAGGUUCAGUCAGUCAGUUCCUGACAGUGACUUUGUUGGGAGCCACACUUCUGCUGAUUCUGCCCAUUGUAGUUACUGGUCUACUGUGCUGUAAGGAAAUGGGUGCAAGCAAUGGCAAGAGGACUAAGAGGACCACUACUCAUCGUGGGGAGUCCUUUAUACUUGACCCCAAGACCAACCCAAUGAACGCCAGAGCUGACUAUUCUCACAAAGAGUGCGAUAUAGAUCGGAAGAACAGCUGUGCAAAGACUGAUUCUCUCUACAGAAGUGAAUCUUUCCACCCACUUGGUUCCCCAACAUUCUCAACGUUUGGGUCAUUUGCUGUUAUGGAGACGAAACUGGAACAAGAGCCAUCAUUGGGAAUGCCCAGAAAAGUAAAAAUGUUCGCCUCGAGGAAGCUUAUUACAAAGUGCUCAUCAGAGCCCAACUUGCUUGACGAGUGUCCAGCUGACCUUCCCCACACUUUCAUAGGUACCGAACCAUCUCACGUGACAAGGCUGCUACGAGAGUCCACUCCUCACACUACUAAUAUCACAGGAAGCACAUUGUCACUCGUGCCCGGACCCAGCCUCACACACAGCACACAGUCACUCAACACACAGUCACUCACCACCCACACAACAACACUCAAACCGGUGUACAUUAUACCACCAGAAGUGGAGAAAGUUGCAGUACGAUUAAGUCGGUCCCCACAACCCACUCGAAAACCGCCUGUUCCCGAGAGACUAAACAGUGCCACUAGCGUCAGCAGUUUCGGCUCUGCAUCGUCAGGUCAACGACAUCUCAGUGAGAGCUUUGAGCCAGCUCUGACUAUGGAGACAGACCAACCCUCACCUGGCCUGAGAACCAUUGCCAGGAUUAAAGAAGGCAGUCCAAAGCAUGUGCUUGCUCGCGACAGUGUGACCAGUAACAUGUCCUAUGUACUGACUCAAGAGCCACAGCCCUGGACCUGUGACUCUAGACCAUGCUCGGGCGAGGCUAGACCACCCUUUCCCCUGCCCUUGACCCGUGACUCUAGACCAUGCUCGGGUGAGCAUAGACCACCCCCUCCCCUGCCCUGGACCCGUGACUCUAGACCAUGCUCGGGUGAGGAUAGACCACCCCCUCCCCUGCCCUGGACCCGUGACUCUAGACCAUGCUCGGGCGAGGAUAGACCACCCCCUCCCCUGCCCUGGACCCGUGACUCUAGACCAUGUUCGGGUGAGGCUAGACCACCCCCUCCCCUCCGCAAGGUGCCCUCACCACUGCACAUCAGAGCUGACACUGCUAGAGCUGCUGCAGGUGAUGUGAUGACUGAUAUAAAGCAACGAGCACUUCCCCCCACCCCUAACCAAGUGCACGCUCGCCUCACACGAACAUCUGCAACUCUAAAGACGUACAGAUCACCUCUCCUAUCAACAGACGAAAGCUCAUUGGACUCACACGGAAGUAGAGAAGCCAGUAAACAACAAUACGAAGCAGGGGCUAGCCGAACGUUACCCACUAAAAGGCAUGGCAGAAAACUUAAUCUUAAAUCAAUCAUUCAAACUGAUUGCCAACCGCACUAUCAUGUCCUGGAGUCUUCCCCACCGUCGGCCGAUAUUACCGUGACAACCAUGCCCCCACCACGCCCACCGAGGAAACUAAUUGACCCAACACGGCAAAUUGAUUUUACCCAUCUAAUUACUGGAGAGAACAGAGACCCUACUCUGGGGAGUGACGAUGUGUCUGUGGCUGUAUCUGAUACUGAUGCCACCUGUCUUCAUUGUGGUCGCCAAAUUGGAGCCGAACCAUUCUAUAUUUGUGUGGCUGAUUCUGAAGAUGGUGGUUCCUCUACUCGAGGCAGUGCGACUAACACACCUGAGGUAACAGACCCAGUGACUGGGCCUGAUGCAGUCGAUUCGGCUACUAGGCCUGAUACAGUCCCCCUGGGCGACGUUGCUGGCAUGGAAUUGGCUGACACAACAAGUGCUGCACAAGAAACAGUUGAAGUGAUUCAAACGCAAGAGGCCGUCCAACCGCCUGAGGCUGUUUCUGACCCUAUCAUUAGUGAAGGGGAUAUGGUAGCCCUCACAACAGAGGAGACCAACCAUGAUCAAGAUGACCUUUCAGACGAAGAUGUACAACCAAGAACAAGUGGAAUUCCCACAGGAAAUGGUGAUGAUGUUAGUUUGGAAGAUGAGUUGCAGCCAGGAGCUUUGAUCUGUAUGGACUGUGUCCGGAGGGAAGCUCCUAUCUAUCAUGAGUUGAACCCUGGCGAGAUUGAGGCCAUUCUGUCAGGUAUGGACCUGUCAGCCCCGCCCAUCCCAUCGAGGGAACAACGUCCCCCUAGGGAGAGGGACCCAGUCUACGAGAGAAUUGCAAGUGUGAAGAGAAAACUGACCCUUAAGCUGAGCACUGGGUCGAGAAUUAUCACACGUGUGAGCCUCGAUGGAGCAUACAUCAUCAAAGCUUCAAAACCACGUAGGCCCAAGUAUCGGACCACCUCCUCCACAGACUAUGAGCAAGUGUCCACGGACAUUGACACGCCCCCCUCCCCUCACUACCAUCGAGCUUCAGAGAUACACCAACUAGGGGAAAUCCCUCUGCCAGACGAGGUCGACCCUGCUAAUCACACCAGAUGCCGACCACACCCACCUCCGCUGGCCGCAUUUCGAGGUCAUCAAUCGAGCUCACAUGACUACGAGAGUUUACCGGGUUCCUUUGAGGGCCGACAAGUGGAACUACGCGGUGGCCUGGGAAACAAGCAGGGAUCACAUGACUACGCCUUCAUUGGGCCUGCCCCUAGUAUGGAGAGCCUUAACGAGCGAUCUCCCAGUCCACCAUAUGUGCCUCCAGGAGGUCAAAGAGCCACACUAAUGCGAAUAGACUCCCAAGGCUAUGCCUCUGUGAUGAUUCCUGAUUACUCGGACGAUACUACGGAUUGCUUGAGGCCGGGUGAGAGGAGGUGCCCCUUUCAUGUCAGUACAGAGUCACUGGACCCACGGAGAUCUCCCAAUGAUUACGAGGUCCCUGUCAUUAAAACUACGGCUGAAACUGAAGAAACUAUUCGAAGAGGCUCACUAGCCCGGCAAAGAGCAGUGUCGGAGAAUGAGCAAUCCCAACAGGAGGUUGCUACUUCAAGACAACCUGAUUCAACGUCUAUUGCUCAAGCUGGUAUAUCUGACAUCGUAGCAGCGAAGAUGAGUGUGACUGAUAACGAAAGUGUGGAGAGCGUUAUUGACCAAGACGGCCACGAAGAAGUUUUUGACUCUGGAUUCGAGAAUUCUAACGAAGGACUUCAACUGACGUCCCCCCGAGUGUCUGAAUCUGUGCCCCCCCCAAUUCCACCACGACCCCCCCGAGCCCUAUCCCUCAUUGAGACCCAAAGCGACACGCUACUCUCUCAAGCUGAUGAUAGUUAUAAACGACCUCGAUCAAAGACUUUUAAUAGCUCCAAACCGUCCACCCAAGAGACUAACAAAAAACUCUGUAUUGUACUCAAUCACCAGUCAAGUGUGGUUGUUUAAUUUUUUUGUAUUGUCUGUUAUAAACGUGAUAACACGUGUGUGUCUGUGUGUCUGUGUGUGUGUGUGUGUCUGUGUGUGUGUGUGUGUGUGUCUGUGUCUGUGUGUGUGUGUGUGUCUGUGUGUUCAUUAAUUUUGUAAUGAAAUAUCAUAACUUU